ACGAUUGACCAUUCCACACCUCCCUUCUCGACGCACGUCGCAUCACUGAGCUCACCACGCCUUCGUCCGGAUCGCCAACCAUGGCUGACAUGCAGCCGUCACGUCAGUAUGCUCGAUCCCGAGUGCCGCUCUUCGUGCGAAGAUUCGCGAACGACAUUGGACGCUGUGCGCGCGCAGCCUCAUUUCCCCUACGCGGCAUUUGGUACUUUCUGCGCAACAAGGAAUUCUACCCAUUGUUCCUCAGCCGCUUACUGCCUCUCUCCAUCAUCUCUGUUCUUGUCUAUGUCAUUCUCUUCACCUUUACCUUCCUACCACAACUUGCCCUCCUCGCCAUUUUCCAGGGCAGAAGCGCCUGGCUCAAUGCCACAAUCCUGGUGCUUGGAGAAGGGCUCGUCGUAAUCCAAGGGCUCUUUGAAGGCUUCUUCGUCGAUGAGGCUCGUGUUGAUGUGUUCGACGCUACUCUUAUCAAGUACUCGCACACCGACCUCGUUUCUCCUCAUCGAAUCCUAUUUCCCGAUGCGCCGACCGCCAUAAAGAUGCUGGGGAAACCUACCAGUUCCGCCAUCUACACACCAUGGAGCAUGAUCCAGAUCAUCGAGGUCAUCGUGUUCCUGCCUCUGAACUUCAUUCCCAUUUUCGGCGCACCUGCCUUUAUCAUCAUCACUGGAACGCGCCUCGGCAAGCUCGCACAUUACCGCUGGUUUCAGCUGCGGGGUCUCAGCAAAAAAGAGAUGAAGCAAGAGAUCAGCUCGAGAGUUUGGGAGUACGUGUGGUUUGGGACUGUGGCCAUGAUCUUGGAGCUCAUCCCUGUCUUCUCGUUUUUCUUCUUGCUCACAACAAGCGCGGGCUCUGCCAUGUGGGCGGCGCGGAUCGAGGACGAGAAGAGGCGGUUGGCCGUUGGUGAUUUGGUAGGUGACGGCGGCCCGUCCGCUUCUUCGCCGUCGGAAGCAGUGCCACCACCAGCCUACGAGGAUGAUCCCGUGUAGUCUCCAAGGCAACAGCCACUAGGCAGUUUGGCUUUGAUCGAAACAUCCAUACUCUAAUCAUGAUUGCGCUUUCGGCUGUACAUCGAUCUAGCGGGACUCAUCCACACGGAAUUGGCGCUGGACCAUUUGAGGGACAGAGGUGACGGGCUCGGAUUGUAGUCACUUCGACCGCCGACACUCACGUGCCCUGUUCAGGGCUGAAUACCCUCUUCAUCACAUUGCAGGCCUACCAACGCUGCUUGGUGGGAGGGCGCCUGAGUGAGGCUGUCUUCCACAGGUUAUCGUUGGUCCCGCGCUCAAGAAAUUGGUCAUGAUUGAGUUUCAAAUUAUCCACCACGCGGCAGGUGCUAUACUUAAGCAUGCCUUCGAAUAGGGAAGGAGAGACCUCGGCCAAAGCCACUUGAGCGGCAAGAGCAGUGGUCUACCCCUAGGAACCGCCGAAUCUGGGGCUACAUUUUGGAAGGCGCGUCUGCACAAUGCCAUUUGGUUGGCAAGAAAGAAUGAACAGCAACGCAGAGGAAUCUACUUCCUGCCUUCAAUGGCAUCAAGUCCCGUGGCGACAAAUCACGAGGACAAAAGCACCUGUUUAUAGCCAUGAAAUGCCGACCUCAUACAGCGACUGCUUCUUGUCAACGCUCUGCCGAACAUAUCACAUGAAACCCCAGUAAACAAUUCAAAACUUGUCUAUAUUCCAUG